UCUUUUCGUAAUUUUAUUUAGAAUAUAGGCCUUCAUACAAAGUUCGUCAACGUUUUAGGGUUUUCACCUAGUUGCGACUAAGCAAAGCGAAGCUGCGUCUUCUCUCUCGUCUCUGUUGAAGAGCCUCUUCUCGCGGUCACCAUGGGGAAAACACGUGGAAUGGGAGCCGGUCGCAAGCUGAAGUCCCACCGUAGAAGGCAAAGGUGGGCUGAUAAGGCAUAUAAAAAGUCCCAUCUUGGCAAUGAAUGGAAGAAACCAUUUGCCGGGUCCUCCCAUGCAAAAGGCAUUGUUCUUGAAAAAAUCGGGAUUGAGGCUAAGCAGCCAAACUCUGCAAUUAGAAAAUGUGCUCGAGUUCAGUUGAUUAAGAAUGGAAAGAAAAUCGCUGCAUUCGUGCCAAAUGAUGGUUGCUUGAACUAUAUCGAGGAGAAUGACGAGGUGCUGAUUGCAGGAUUUGGCCGUAAGGGGCAUGCAGUCGGAGAUAUUCCUGGAGUCAGAUUCAAGGUUGUGAAGGUGUCAGGGGUGUCUCUUUUGGCUCUGUUCAAAGAGAAAAAGGAGAAGCCAAGGUCCUGAACACCAGUGAAGAGAGGAUUUUGUGCAGAUAUGUCCUUAGAUGAGACACUUCUUUUUCCCCUCUCCGGAACUACUACUCAUGCUUUGUCUUGCUGCUCUUUGAUCCAGUAUUUACCUUCUUCACUUAUCGAACUUAAUGAGAUAGUGACAUUAUCUUGUUUCUUAGAUACUCUUGUUCUAUUCAUUAUGUUUGAGUAUAUGUUUAUGCUCCUGAAACUUCAGAUAUGCAUUAUGUUAUGUCCCAUGCUUACCGCAUGUUACAAUACUACCUUGGAAGUUACAUAUCUUUAACUAAGAAAA